UCGAGCGUCGGCUUGAGCAACUGGGGGUGAGAGGAAUUAGAAAUUAUAUAUAUAUGCCAACCAAAUAUGAUCAAGACAAUGAACCAUGAUUAAAGCUGAAAUGAUCUAAAACCUUGGAGUUGACAAGAAACAUUAGAAACAUAACCAAGAAUCUGUUCACUACGGAGUUGAUUCUAAUCGAGUUGGAUAUCAUUCAAAUGUGAGAACGAAACGAUGAAAUGGUUUCAAGGAACAGUUUUAUUUGUCCUCGCAAAUGCUGCUUUGAUCUCAUCUAAGCCUACCGCUGCAGGGGCUUCGCCUGGCGCGGACGAAAAAAGACAAUCAAUGGAAACGGACUUUGGGGGUAAUCGGACAUCGAGGAAAAAGAAAUAUUGUUCAUCAUCAAGUGAUGCUGCAGUUGUGAUGCAAAAAAUUAUGAACGACUCAAAAUACAAUGUUCAUACUAUUCCAAGUUUUGGGGACGGUGGACCACUAGAAGUUAAAUUGGCACUGACUGUGCUUGUAUUCAGAGAUAUGUCAGAAGUAGAUAUGACAUACACCGUUGACUUCUUCCUAAGGACAAACUGGCAAGACAAAAGAUUGGCAAACUCCCUAAAUUGCACUUUGACUAUGACAUUGGGCAUGAAACACCCUGCUGAAAUUAUCUGGGUGCCUGACACCAUGAUCGAAAAUGCUGUGACAUCGUACUUACAUGAAGUGCUCACCAAUAAUCACAAAAUAGAUAUAUCUCCAAACGGAGAUGUAUUUUGGUCAACCAGAGUCACUGUUAAGGCGAUGUGCCCAAUGAAUCUAGUCAAGUAUCCAAGAGAUAAACAGACGUGCUUCGUUGACUUACUCAGUUAUGCCUACACAACAGACCUAAUCAAAUACGUUUGGAAUGAAAAAAACCCAGUCAGUGUCAUGGACAAGACAUUGAGCCAGUUUGACGUUACAUCUUACAAUAAAAAGAAUUAUACAUUGUCUUACGCGGCAGGUGAAUACUCCAUACUAAAAGCCAUAUUUGUGUUUGAACGUCGAUUGGGAUAUUACCUAAUCCAAGUCUAUAUUCCAUGUAUAUUUCUGGUGGUCUUAGCUGGACUUUCGUUUUGGGUGGACGCCAGAGCCACACCAGCUCGUGUAGCAUUGAGCUUGACUACCUUGCUAACAAUCGCCACAAUAUGGUCAGCUACGAACUCAAAUAUGCCGCCAGUUAGCUAUGUAAAAGCUGUGGAUAUAUACUUUCUAACAUCGUUCGGCUUCGUCCUUUUAACCUUGUUGGAAUAUAUUGUUGUACUUAAUUACAACAUCUUAAAGAAUGCGCUGCAAAAGAAAUUGAAUAUGUGUGAUACAAAGAAGAAUAUAAAGGUAAAGGAAAAAGAGUCGUUCUGUUUAAAACAUGGCAGCCUUCUGAACAGGCGAACCACUUCGAGGGGAAGCGUUGAUAACGCUGAGUCCCCGAUGGAGCAAUACUCUAACGGAAAGUAUGAGAUGGCAAAAACGGAACUGAAUCGUAAUAUUGAAUAUGAGGAAGAAGAUUCUGAGAAAAAAGAGAAUGACAUAAAACUUGUUACCAAGAUUGAUAAAAUCACGAAGUUCGUAUACCCAGCUGCAUAUGUAGUAUUCAAUGUCGUAUACUGGUAUCAACUGAGUGACUAAUUAUAUAGCACAUGCAUUCAUACCACUUGAUCAAGCGAUUCUUCGCCUUCGGCCACUGAUGGUUGUGCUAGCAAAUCUUAUAAGAUGAAAAAAUGAUGUUUCAACUAGCCGUAUAUGUUACUUGCCAGUGUUAUUAAUGGCAAUGAUUUUCAACUUUUCUUCACCGAUCAGCGGCACUGAAC